UCGGAGUACCUCGGAUUUUAUUCAGAAAUUAAAAAAACAAAGCAUUGGUAAGAUUGUGAAUAGAAAGUUUAUAAGAUGAAUGAUAUACGUCGACUAGAGAUGGUUCCAGUCACCAUAUUAGUAACAGCUUUAGUGAUGCUUUCGCCUGGGAGCUUUGCCAUUGAGGGCCUACCUGAGGCUUGCUCACAGCCUGUGGACAGCGGGCGCUGCUACAUCUUGUUCCUUGCCUGGCAUUAUGAUCAGGACACUCACGAGUGCAGACAGUUCAUCUACCGAGGUUGUGGUGGUAACUACAACAGAUUCCCAACUGAGGAAGAGUGCUACAAGCACUGUGCAGAGAAGAUGAUACCACUGAAGCCCCCCACUAACCUGACGGUGGGGCUGAUAGAGAGUACAGAGGUGUACCUGUUCUGGUAUCCCCCGGAGACUUACUUCCUCCACAACCCAACAACAAACGUCACCAAUGAGACCGGCGUGGAUCUCGACUACGAUGAAUACUCUAUCGCAACAAAGGUGGAUGUCCCAUAUGCUGUAAAUAACCAAGUGUCCAACAGUGAUACAAAAGGAACAAGUACUCCCGCAGCCACGACAACAAAAAUUCUAGUGCACAAUGUGACAGUUACUAAUGAGACCAGUGUUCAAAAUUCAACAACUAAAUCAAGUACAAAUUCUCCUACUGGGAGUGUCUCCUCUACUGCCGUUCCAAAGGUCACGACCUCUCCAUCUGUUGUGGCUAAUUCUACGGGAGACUUAUUGUUUGUCAAUGGAACAUUUCUGAACAUCACAGAGUAUGCAAAUGCCACAUACGUUCCUUUUCAUUUUGCAAAAUUAAAACACUACCUGAUUCAACUAACCAAUGAUUCAGGGUCCCCUAUUAGGUCCCUGUCGGUGAAUGACUCAGUGAUGGAGUACAAGCUGGAGGGUCUAGAGGCGGGCACCAAGUACCAGGUGGUAGUCAGUGCGGUCUACAUCACUGGCAAGGUCGUGGCAGGCGUCCCAGCAGCCUUUAGUACACUCAAUGAACCAUCCACACCAGGCAAGUGUUUCUGUGACCCAUAUGGCACAGUAAAUGGCCGGGUGGCCUGCAAUACCAACCGUACCCAAGGAGGGUUCUGCACGUGCAAUCCCACCAACGCAGGCCUGUUCUGUGAGCUCUGUGCCCACAAGUACUACCGGCUGGCACCAAGCAUGCCCUGCCACCGCUGUCCCUGCUCGGAACAGUCUUCCACCGGAUCCUGUCACUUUGUUGAGGGUUACCUGCACUGUCUGACCUGUCGACAGGGGUAUGCUGGCAAUCUGUGUCACCGCUGUGCCAAUGGCUACUACAGGGACUUCAGUGUCAACCCCUCACGCUGUCGUGAGUGCGGAAGCUGCCCCAACAUCAGCCCUGCACUCAUCUGUGACCCCUUUGAUGGCACCUGCAAGAGCUGUCAUUUCAACACAACAGGCAAUUAUUGUGACAGGUGCCUCGACGGCUUUGAAGGAGAUCCUCUGAAGAACAUACCAUGUACCCCAGUCACUAGUACAGCACCUCCACAGGAGAAUAAGCACCCUACAGUAGGCAUUAUAGCAGCCAUAGUGGUGGUGGUGCUGCUUGCUUUAGGGGCAGUGUUUGCAUUUAUCAUGUACAAGCGCUCUCGAAACUUCCCCGCCAACAAGCCAUUCUGGUCCAUAGAGUUCAAGGAGUCGCAUGACGAUGUCAACUUCAGUGCCGUACCCGAGGAUGAGCUGGAGAGACAGAGGGAGGAGAUGGACGAGGAACGGAAACACAAGAAAUAUCUGCCCAAGUACCGGCACCUACAUGAGGACGCUUAGUGCUUUUUAAUUUUGUAAAUAGUUGUUGUUGUAAAAAAAGUAUUGGUAUUGGAAAACGGACCUUAAUGCAUGUGCCUAAAGUUUUGUCCCAGAUUAGCCUGUGUAGUACGCAUAGGCUAAUCAGGGACGAUUCUUUCAGCUUUUAUGGAAUUUUCCCUUUUAAGAACUUUUUUAUGAACAAUAAUCCAGUGUUGUGUGUACUGCACAGGGUUAUCUGGCACAAUACUACACAGAUGUAUUAAGUCCUGCUUUCCCAGAGUAAGGCUCAUAUAAGCUGUUAUAGCUUCCCGCAUGCAGUUUCUGAAGAGUUAAGCCCUCAAUUUAGUUUAUAUAAACUAAGCUUUUCUUUGCUAGUGAAUACAAUGGUUUACGUUCUUUUGUAUCUGAAACUUGACACCUAUACACGCAAAGCUUUUUGAUUAUGAAUAUUUGUUAUUUAUUUUUGAAGUAAAUAAUGUGUCACGCAUAUUUGGAAUAGAAUUAUAUGAGCUUCGUUCUGGUAAAACUGCCCUUAGUGCACAUGAAUAAAGUUUCAUCCAAGAUUAGCCUGUGCUGUCUUCACAGGCUAAUGAGGGGUAACUCUCACCGCCUACACUGGAUUUAUGUUUUGAUGACACUCUAAACGAACAAUUUCAUGAAAGGGGCAUUAAUUUAGCCCCUUGUUCCCAGUACGAUGCAUAAUUAUAGGAGUCAGCAUGAACAGAUUGUAUCUGAUUAGGGAUGUUUGGCACAACAGCUACAUGAUCAGAUGUGACAUGUUUGUAGGGAUGUUUGGCACAGCAGCUACAUGAUCAGAUGUGACAUGUUUGUAGGGAUGUUUGGCACAACAGCUACAUGAUCAGAUGUGACAUGUUUGUAGGGAUGUUUGGCACAGCAGCUACAUGAUCAGAUGUGACAUGUUUGUAGGGAUGUUUGGCACAACAGCUACAUGAUCAGAUGUGACAUGUUUGUAGGGAUGUUUGGCACAACAGCUACAUGAUCAGAUGUGACAUGUUUGAUGGCAAUUUUAAAUGUUGUGAGUUUUUAACACACGCUUAUAACGGUGGAAAACGGUGAUUAAUACAUUUGCCUAAAGUGUCGUCCCAGAUAAACCUGCGCAGUUUGCAAGGCUAAUCAGGGACAGCUCUGUUUGCUUUUAUUGUAUUUUUUGUUGGAAGGAAGUAUCUACUUAGCGAAAAAUCCAGUGUAGGGUAAAGUACAGGAUAAUCUGGGACUACACUUUACACACAUGCAUGUUCCCCCUUUUCACAGUGGGAGGCUGUUAUGGGUAACACGACCAUUAUUUGUCAGUUAGUGGCUUCUGCUGUAUCAUUUCUGGUCAGUAUUUGUUACAUUCUAUGACUACUGACUAGAAAAAUAGCAGUGGUGCCGUAUAUGCCUUUAAAUUGUGUUUUAUUUAAAUGCUUUUUAUUUGACGUUUUACAUUCCUGUUCUUAUUUUGGAACCACUAGUGCUUUCAUAUUGUUUGCAUCACAACCUGUAAAUACAUGUACAUGCAAAAACAUACUGUGUAUAUAGAAAUGCAUUUUUUUAUUACUUUUUAUGUAUAUAGUGAUAGCUCUUUGUACAAGUGUUUUAAUUCUUUAUAGUUAGAUAUAAUUUUUUUAACCAUUUUUAUUAGGUUUGCUGGUGUAUAUUUUAGUGUUUGUUUUAUUAUUAAAAAAUCAUGCAGAAUUAAUGCAACUAGAAACAGAAACAAAAAAAAUACAGUUUCAACUAAUGGCCAGCAUCAGCUAAACAUCAUGUGCAACCAUAUACUAAGUAAAUGUCACUCACACAAUUAUGUUGAUGGAAGCGUCAAAUUUGUUACUGUAAAUGUCCGAACCUGUCUUUUGUUUGAAAAAAUGUGACUUUUAUGGCACUUAUGUCCCUAAAAUAUUUGGACUGAAAAACUUGUGAAUAAUUACAAGAUGUCACUAAAAUCUUGGGAACAUUUGGUUCAUGUUUUUCUUCCACUCUGAUAUCUAUGUUCAAAUCUUCAUUUUGUGCUGUUUUCUAGUAUAUUUCCAAAGUAAAAAGUAAAUUGUAAUAUGCAAAUUACCUAUUUCUAUUUAAUUUAGAGAUGAAGUUGCAAAACAAAUACUUGUGAGCUUCUGGUAUAAAAUCAUUCAAAUAAAAGUUCAGUCAAUGAUAAUAAUGAUGGCUCUAACACAAUGAAAGUAAACAUUUUUUCCUCGACUCAAAAUGUUUCAGCAUUUUGGCAAGUACCAGUUUUAAUAGCUAAAGAAAGUGUGCAGAGUUAUUGAACGGGUGAACAAUGUUCAAUAUACAAUGUACAGACUUUAUCAAACAUGUGUACAAUGUACAGACUUUAUCAAACAUGUGUACAAUGUUCAAUAUACAAUGUACAGACUUUAUCAAACCUGUUUACAAUGUUCAAUAUACAAUGUACAGACUUUAUUAAACAUGUGUACAAUGUACAGACUUUAUCAAAACUGUGUACAAUGUUCAAUAACAAAUCUACAGACUUUACCAAACCUGUGUACAUUGUUCAAUAAACAAUCUACAGACUUUAUCAAACCUGUGUACAAUGUUCAAUAUACAAUGUACAGACUUUAUCUAUCCAGUAUACAAUGUUCAAAAUACAAUGUACUGACUUUAUCUAUUCCGUGUACAAUGUUCAAUAUACAAUGUCCUGACUUGUACACACCUUUAAAAAAUUAUGAUUUAUAUGCUCGUGUCCCGGUAACGCAGUCUCAUAUGGGUGGAUUCAUUUUGUAGGCAACAUUUUCUGAUACUUAUUCGCGUAUAUAAGAUGUUUGGAUGCAUUUGAUUUUACUGUAAUUUGUGUGUAACAUUUAAAUUAAAUCCAGAUGUGUAUGUCAGUAAAUUGAGGUAUGUUUUAAAUGAAUGUGUACAUUUUUAUAAUUCUUUAUUAUUGUUGGGUUUUAUGAGCUUAUCAUGUAAAUUUUAUUUGCCAUAUUUAUGUAGUUGUGAGAUUUUAAAGUAUUGGACUUUAUAGACGCAAUACAUUUUUUUACCUUCAAAAUCCAAUAUUUUCUCAACUCAUAAACAAAUGCUAUGUAUGAUCUGUUUUGCACAGCUGUAUAUUUGUUAUUAAAAUGCUGGUUUUUGGUUUUACCUUUGCUUUUUAUCAAUAUAAUGUUCUGAUAUGAAUGAUGAGUUGUGACAAUGUUUGCAAGUGUACGAGUGCUGACUGUAGGAUCCUUAUUUUCUUUUAAUAUGAGCCAUGCUCUUAGAAAACCGGGCUAAAUCCAUGUUCAUAAAGUGUCGUCAGAGUGAGCCAGUUCUGUCCACACAGGCUAAUCAGGAACAACACUUUCUGCUUUUAUGGAAUUUUUCGUUUACAUGUAUUAAGACUGGUUGUCUAGAAGGAAAGUACAUGUAUUAAGACUGGUUAUCUAGAAGGAAAGUACAUGUAUUAAGACUGGUUGUCUAGGAGGAAAGUACAUGUAUUAAGACUGAAUGUCUAGGAGGAAAGUACAUGUAUUAAGACUGGUUGUCUAGGAGGAAAGUACAUGUAUUAAGACUGGUUGUCUAGGAGGAAAGUUCAUGUAUUAAGACUGGUUGUCUAGGAGGAAAGUACAUGCAUUAAGACUGGUUGUCUAGGAGGAAAGUACAUGCAUUAAGACUGGUUGUCUAGGAGGAAAGUACAUGUAUUAAGACCUGUUUUCCUAGAGCGCGGCUCAUAUACAGUUGACUCCUUAAGACAUGAACCUGCUGGUUAGUGUCUCAUUAGAUGUAAGUCUUUGAAAAACCAAUACGUAUUGCUAUAUAUUUAUAUUAUAAUAUACAUGAUUACUAAGUUCAGUUUUCGGAUCGCUUAAAGGGUAUGUCACAAACCAAGUCAUUAAUUAAAUAAAACUUGUUUAUGUUACUGUUGAUAAUACAGUUUUCAAAACCUAAAAUAUUAUUAACAGCCUGUAGCAUUUCAUAAAACUUUUGAAUGAAUAUUUUAUGUUUGUAAACAAGUUUUAUAGAUGACCUGAAUACCUUCCAAGUUGAGAAGAUUUAGCAGAUGGAUUCUGCUUGUACAUAUUCAAGUUCAUAGUUGGUACUUUGUUAAGUUUCCUUACUGGUCCCAGCGUCUACAAAUCAUCAAGAGUCAACUACUGCUUUAAAAUGUGGUAUACCCAAACUCAAUUUUAUGUAAUGAGAAGUUGUUUCCUUAUACUCAUUGCCUGUCAUAAUGCAAGUGUAACAUAUAUGAAUAAUGUGAGUAAAAUACACUACUAAAUUUAAAUGGUUUAAUGAUUAAUUUAACAAUUUUAUAUAGCAAACAGCAUGUGUAGCAUAACAUUGUAUAAUUGUUUCAUUCAUAUAUUAUUAUGCCCCCCUUCGAAGAAGAGGGGGUAUAUUGCUUUGCUCAUGUCGGUCUGUCGGUCGGUCUGUCGGUCCGUCCACCAGGUGGUUGUCAGACGAUAACUCAAGAACGCUUGGGCCUAGGAUCAUGAAACUUCAUAGGUACAUUGAUCAUGACUCGCAGAUGACCCCUAUUGAUUUUGAGGUCACUAGGUCAAAGCUCAAGGUCACGGUGACCUGAAAUAGUGAAAUGGUUUUUGACUGAUUACUCAAGAACGCAUACACUUAGGAUCAUGAAACUUCAUGGGUAGAUUGAUCAUGACUUGCAGAUGACCCCUAUUGAUUUUGAGGUCACUAGGUCAAAGGUCAAGGUCACGGUGACCCGAAAUAGUAAAAUGGUUUUCGGAUGAUAAUUCAAGAACGCAUACGCCUAGGAUCAUGAAACUUCAUGGGUAGAUUGAUCAUGACUCACAGAUGACCCCUAUUGAUUUUGAGGUCACUAGGUCAAAGGUCAAGGUCACGGUGACCCGAAAUAGUAAAAUGGUUUUCGGAUGAUAACUCAAGAACGCAUACGCCUAGGAUCAUGACACUUCAUAGGUAGAUUGAUCAUGACUUGCAGAUGACCCCUAUUGAUUUUGAGGUCACAAGGUCAAAGGUCAAGGUCACGGUGACCCGAAAUAGUAAAAUGAUUUUCGGAUGAUAACUCAAGAACGCUUUUGCCUAGGAUCAUGACACUUCAUAGGUACAUUGAUCGUGACCCGCAGAUUUUCAGGUCACUAGGUCAAAGGUCAAGGUCACAGUGACAAAAAUCGUAUUCACACAAUGGCUGCCACUACAACGGACAGCCCAUAUGGGGGGCAUGCAUGUUUUACAAACAGCCCUUGUUUUAGUAUAUGAAUUUCGAAUAAAACACAAAAUUAAA